AAAUUAACUAUUCGUCGCCUAUUUUGCAGAUAUUUUUCAUACAUCAAGAGAAGUUGAGGAUGAUCUGUCAAAGCACAAGACUUUGAAAAGUAUGCUAUGGUGCAUGGACAAUAAAUCUAAGCUUAGAAAAAUUAAUUCGAAUAUGGAAUUCAGCUUACGUGUUCAAGAAUUUGUAGAACUAGUUCGGUGCGACAGUCGAGUGGAAGCAGUAAAACAUGCUAGGAAAUAUUUUCAAGCCUUCGAGAGAACACAACUCAAAGAAAUUUGCAAAUGUAUGGCUUUAUUAGCUUAUCAGCCAAACACGGAUACUCAGCCAUAUAAAGGCUUAUUUAGUGAACGUCGUUGGAAGGACCUCGUUCUGAACUUUCGAAAUGAAAAUUAUCGUAUAUUCCAGCUAUCAACACAGUCUUUACUAAGCGUCACAAUCCAAGCUGGCCUAUCAGCAUUAAAAACGCCACAAUGCUAUUCAUCAAAUUGUAAAAAUCUCCAUUGCCCCGUUUGUCAGGAGGAUUUCAAUCAGAUAGCAAAAAAGUUGCCGUACUCGCACUGUGUGCAAAGUCGCCUUAUUUGCCGGACGUUAAUUUAAUCAAAAGACAACAUGUACAGUCGAAACAUCGAGCAACUCUUUGUAGGUCCCUAAGGACCUUCUCACGAAUCUAACGUCAUCGGCACUGUCACUCAUCGGAGGGUUAGGGCUCACUCUGGACUCCGCAUCUCGCGUGAUUAGACGAGUGACUACGUGGGCGUCUGAUGUGCUGCCCGGUUGCAAACUUCCCCCGCGACGCCGCUUACCACCACGUCUGGCAUCACCCCCGUCUGCAGAACAUACAGCAGGGGACCGGCAGGCAACACAACGCCCUAACACCCCGCAUCGCAAUUGCUCUUCCAAGGCACACAAAGGUGCUACAAUUAAACUGCAACGGAUUUCAGAGCAAGAUCGAGGAGAUAAGAGUCUUCAAGGGCCGAAACUGAAUAUUAAUAGCUGCAGUCCAAGCGACGAAGUUGCACAUCAAUUCAACUCUGUUGAAUUGCGCCGGAUGCAACGUACACCGUCGAAAUAGCGAGCGAGAUAUCGGUGGUGGCCUACCGUGCAGUAUAGCCUUAAAGAAGCAGAUAUAGACCGCAGCGAUACCAUUCUAGAAUGUCAGGGUGUUGCUAUCCGGUCAGGCGAGGUCCAUGUUACCAGCUGCACGGCUGGAUAUCACCCUGAAAAAGGUCCGCUACUCAGAGGCGAAAACCUGUAGUUGGUGACUUUAACGCGCACCAGUAUCUUUGGCAUUUAGCGGAGCAAAUAGACGAAUCGACAUUCUGCGCAAGGAACGACGACGUACCCACAAAGAUUAUGGGCAGCUGCUGCAGCUCGCCAGACCUAACAGCGCGGGUCUGAUAAACAGCAUAUCAUGGCGACCUAUCCUGACCUUAACAUCAAACCAUCUGUCUAUAGUCAUCUCCACUUUGCUUGCACAUAUCACCGGAUCUAUGUUAACCUCACCAAAGCUGAUUGAAGAGGCUUCACGGAUGUUACUGAACGCACCUUGGCUGUCCUACUCACACCAACCGACGCUGCUGCAGCCCGCUUGAUUCCAGCGGGAUGUAUUUCGGAUCCCCGUCCGAAUUUUCCUGCUGAAUGGCUGUCCUAGCCGAUGAGCGUGUCAGCCUUCGUAAGGCCUGUGAGAAGAAUAUUGAAAGAGAAACCAAGCGAGGAAGACUCCUUAGAUAAACAAGGCGAUACAGCUAAAUAGGAUAAACAGGACGAAAUAUAAGAACAAGGUAUCGCGAACACAUAAGGGAUUAUUUAAGAAAACACGAAACCCAGAGAUAACAACAGAAUUGAAAUUCGCAAAUCACAUUAUCAAAAAUAAAUGCGCACCGCUGAAGUUUGGACAAACAGCAGAACUUUUCCAUGUACAACAUAAAGGACAAAGAUUGAAUAUAUUAGAAAAUAUUGAAAUAUAUAAACAUAAUACAUUCAAAGUACAAAUAAUAAACGUACUGUUUGAACCUAUAAAACUACUGUACGUGAAAAAAAAUUACAACAACAACUAGAAUUACAAAAAAGGUAGAAAUCACGAACUUCUACCUGCCGGCAGAAACAAGCCACAACGAUUAAUCUACCUAUUGAACAUCACAAAUACUGCAAAACGAAGAAGACGUACCUAACAAAACGAAAAGAGGUACUUAAGGAGCAACCAACCAACCAACAAAAAUUAUACAGAACGAAAAAUUACACUGAAGAUGGCACAACGCCGAAACCGGUCUGUCUCCAAACUAAAUUUGACAAGGGAUAACGGAAAUUCGUUCCAAAAUACAUUAUACGCCCACACUAUCGGAAACAACAAUAACCAAAAAGGAAAUAUUUAUGUCGGUCAGGCCUAUUAUUCCAAAACCAACUUGCUGUUGACUGAAUACCAACGACGUUCACUGAAGAUCAACAACAUAAACGCCAAUAUUUGGUUUAAUAAACAAUAUAUUGCUAUGAAUAUUAUACCAAAAUACGCACUAACGAAACCGAAAUCAAAAACAGUAGCGUGUCUGAAAAUCAUCAGGACAGCUGAGAACAAAUACCUCCGACGUGAAUUAAAAAACUUGCACGCCAAAAAGGAACAUACAAAUGCGUAGCUUUUGGCCAUCUACCUACAGUUAUCGGAGCGUCUGCCAAUCCAAACAUUGAUGGAAGUAAUGGGAAAAUAGAAACCGAUAACAAAAAAUGCAUGAAGAAGAAGUAUGAAAAGUUGAACAAGAAACUCGAUAGCUUGAGGACGAAGCAAAGCAACAACAAAAGCAUGAAAAGUACAGAACAGAAAUUCCAUUCCAGAUUUGUAAACUUGACGGAGGCUUACAUCAACGAGCAAGAAGCAGAACUAUUUAAGAAAGCUCUCAAACACAACAUUGAUAGUCACAAACGAUAGAGGGAAUUUGAACAAACCAUCGUGUACACUGAAGAUAUUAUAUCCCGGCUUCCAACUGAGGAACAGGACACAUAUGUCGGCACAUAAUUGAAAAAGACAUAGAGGCCAAGAAAACUAGAAAGCAGAAGGACGAAAACCAAACCAUAAAAGGGCUCGAAGAAAAGUUUAAGGCAAACAAUAUAUAACCAGGAAAAAGCCGGUGUUAAGCGCUUAGAUAAGCACUAACACAUUGAUAAAUAUGCUCCCAAGACAACAAAAUUUAGUUACAGUUAAAUGUUUUUUAUUCAGUUUAUUUCAAGGAUUGAAAAAUUAUUGCUAUUAUUAUUCACUGCGUUUGAAAAAACGAUCUCUGGUUACGGUACAAACAUCAGCCAGGGCAAUGGAUAACAUUGGAUGGUGUCCAAACGGUAAAUGGCUUGUUGCUGUUUUGUGCGCAUGUUUAUAUGUUUGAAUACAUACUACAUUAUUUUGUUGCUACCCAACCUAUUUGUCCCCAACAUAAACAUACAUAUGAAGCAUAGCCACGAAUAACAUUGUGAAACUCCGCUUCGGAUUUGGGCAGUUAUUAGUUAGCGUAAACGCACGAAAAAAAUUCGAUGAAAAAAAUACUUUUUUCUCGAACUCAAAUCUAUCCGAUCUUUUGAGUUGGAACCAACAAUACACACCCACAAAAUUUCAUUGAAAUCGGUUCAGCAGUUUCGGAGAUUAGCGUAAA